AUGAUAAAAGGAUCAACACAGGAAUAUCCGUAUAAUCUUGGGUCAUACGGGAAGGUCAUCUCGACCACCAGUCCUGAAGCUCAAAUAUGGUUUGACCGUGGUCUCGUGUGGGCAUAUUCCUUCAAUCAUAAGGAAUCCAUCGUCUGUUUCAAACAGGCACUUGUGUAUGAUCCAUUAUGUGUGAUGGCCUACUGGGGGUUGGCAUAUUCUCUCGGUCCCAAUUAUAACCAACCCUGGGAUUUCCUCGGCAACGAUUUGGCAGCUGUUGUUGAAAAUACAUAUCGAGCUGCAAACAAAGCUUGCUUCCUCUCUUCAAAAAAUGGAAACCCCGUGGAACAGGCCCUCGCCAAGGCAAUCUCCGCCCGCUAUCAAAGUGAUAAGCCUGCUAGCAUGGAUCAAUAUGCUAUCCAAAAUAUUGCAUAUGCCGAUGCAAUGAAAGAGGCAUAUGAAAAGUUUAGCGAUGAUUUGGACGUGGUCACUCUGUACGCUGAUUCCUUGAUCAGCCUCACUCCCUGGAAGUUGUGGGACAUGGUAACCGGAAAACCAAAUCCAGGCACUCGUACCAUGGAAGCAAAGAGAGUGCUAGAGACAGCUCUCCAACAUAAAGAUGCCUCUAAACACCCCGGUCUCCUGCACAUCUACAUUCAUCUUAUUGAGAUGUCGCCCUUCCCAGAAUUAGGCCUCCGACCGGCAGACCACCUCCGCGACCUUGUUCCAGACGCGGGUCAUAUCAAUCAUAUGCCGUCCCAUCUAGAUGUGUUGGUUGGAGACUAUCGAAGCGCCGUCCGCGCAAAUCAGCGUGCCGCUAUUGCAGACGAGAAAUACCUCGCGCUGAAAGGCCCAAUGAAUUUCUACUCAGUCUACCGCAUGCACACCUACCACUCGCUCAUCUACGCAGCCAUGUUCGCGGGCCAGAAACAAGCCGCAUUUGAAGCCGUGGACCGCAUGGAGGCGACUUUGCCAAAAGAACUGCUGUCGGCCCUGUCAGACUACAUCGAAGUCUUCAUGUCUGUGCGCGCACACAUCAUGAUACGGUUCGGCAUGUGGGAUGAAAUUAUCGAGAUUGCGAUCCCCUCAGAUCCAGAGCUGUACUGCAUGACGAUAGCGGUUCUGCACUACGCCAAGGGCGUGGCAUAUGCAGCCACAGGGAACGUGCCGGAUGCAGAGCGCCAGCGAGAGCUCUAUCGAGCAGCACGGGAUCGAGUCCCAGAUACGCGCUUGGACUGGCCCAACAAGUGCAUCGAUAUUCUGGGGGUGGCGUCGGAAAUGUUGGACGGCGAGAUCGAGUACCGCCGUGGAAACUACACGGAGGCUUUCGAGCAUCUACGUCGCUCGAUUGAAUUGGAUGAUGGGCUGGGUUACAGUGAGCCCUGGAGUUGGAUGCAGCCCACCCGCCAUGCAUACGCUGCUCUUUUGCUAGAGCAGGGCCAUGUCGAGGAUGCAGCGGCUGUUUACCAGGCUGACCUGGGUCUUGAUAGCACUCUUAUCCGUGCUCGUCAGCAUCCGAAUAAUGUAUGGGCUUUGCAGGGCUACCAUGAAUGUUUGAUACGUCUUGGUCGGCAUGAUGAGGCGCGAAUUAUUGGACCGCAGUUGGCGAUAGCAGUUGCUGUGGCUGAUGUGCCUGUAACGUCUUCCUGUUUCUGUCGUCUCGAUACAUCGCAAGCGCCCGAUGUUGGGAAGAGUUGUUGCAAAUAA